AUGAAAUCAGACUUUAAGCUCUCGAACUUAGUGGGAACAGUUUAUAGUCGGGGAAAUAUUGUUUUCAAUGAGGAUGGUACUCAGCUUUUGAGUCCCGUUGGGAACAGAGUGAGUUGUUUCGACUUGAUCAAUAAUAAAUCCUUCACAUUUGACUACCAACAUCGAAAGAACAUCGCGAGGGUAGCCUUGAACAAGCAAUCGACCUUAAUGUUAUCUGUUGAUGUUGACGGGCGUGCAAUCUUGGUGAAUUUCGUCUCGCGUGUUGUUUUGCAUCAUUUUAACUUCAAAGGGCAAGUGAAAGCUAUACGAUUCAGUAACGAUGGUGCAUACUUUGCUGUGGCUAUGGACAGAUUUGUUCAAAUAUGGAAAACUCCAGACUACACUGAGGACAGGCAAUUUGCUCCAUUUAUUCGCUACAAAAACUAUGCUGGCCAUUUCAAUGACGUUAUAUCGGUUACUUGGUCCCAAGAUUCCCGAUUCCUCCUUUCCACUUCGAAGGACAUGACAACAAAAAUUUUCUCCUUGCAUAAUGAAGAUAAAGAAGUGGCGGUUACGCUUGCUGGCCACCGUGAUUAUGUCAUUCAUGCUUUUUUUGAUGAGUCUCAAGAGAUAAUUUAUACGCUCAGUAAAGAUGGUGCACUUUUUCAAUGGGAGUACGUUUCUGGCAGCAGUGACUCUGAAAGUGAGACUGAAACAGCAUCUGAUGACGAAGAAGCUGCGCCAGAGAGAAGUGAAAAGAGCGAAGAUGGCCAAUGGCAGAUCACUUCCAAGAACUACUUCCAUAUGGACGGUGUGAAAGUCAAAUGCGCAGACUUUCAUGCUAAGACUAACUUGUUAGUUGUAGGAUUCACCAAUGGUGAAUUCAGACUUUACGAGUUGCCAGAGUUUAACAUGGUACAGCUGUUAAGUAUGGGAAAUAAUGCUGUGGACACAGUCACCAUUAACAAGACAGGUGAGUGGCUUGCAUUUGGGUCUUCAAAACUCGGGCAAUUGCUCGUGUACGAAUGGAAAUCCGAGUCUUACAUCUUGAAGCAACAGGGCCAUUUCGAUGCGAUGAACGCUUUGUGUUAUUCUCCAGAUGGAUCAAGAGUCGUGACGGCAUCUGAUGACGGUAAAUUGAAGGUGUGGGAUAUAAACUCCGGAUUCUGUCUUACGACUUUUACCGAACAUACCGGAGCCGUGAGCGCUGUUGCCUUUGCGAAGAAGGGACAGGUGAUGUUUUCAGCUUCUAUGGAUGGAACUGUAAGAGCUUGGGAUUUGAUUCGUUUCAGAAACUUUCGUACAUUUACUGCUCCUGAAAGAGUUCAAUUCAGCUCUUUAGCAGUUGAUCCAAGCGGUGAAGUUGUUGUGGCUGGAUCGCAGGACGAGUUUGAAAUUUAUGUUUGGUCUGUUCAAACCGGUUCCCUUUUAGACUCUUUGGCUGGCCAUGAAGGGCCGAUCUCAUGCUUGGCAUUUGGAACAGAAAAUUCCGUGUUAGCGUCGACUUCUUGGGACAAAACCAUCAGAAUCUGGAAUAUUUUCAGCAGAUCUCAACAAGUUGAACCUAUAGAAGUGGAACAUGAUGUUUUGGCUCUUGCAAUGCGCCCUGACUCCAAAGAAGUAGCUGUCAGUACAUUGAGCGGGAACCUUGUUUUCUAUGACAUCGAAGAAGCUAAGCAAACUCAUAUCCUUGACAUUAGGAAAGAUGUCAUUGCUGGUAGACAUUCGCUGGAUCGGUUUGAGGCUAAGAACAACCAUAGAGCUAGAAACUUUACCACGAUUGCAUACUCCUUCGAUGGACUCAGUCUUAUUGCAGGUGGAAAUAAUAACAGUAUUUGCCUUUAUGAUAUCGCAGAUGAAGUGUUGUUAAAAAGGUUCACUGUUUCGGAGAACAUGGCAUUGGACGGAACGUUGACGAUGCUAAAUAGCAAGAACAUUACUGACGCGGGAAUCUCGAUAGAUUUAAUUGACACGCAAGGUGAGAACAGUGAUGCUGAAGACCGAAUGGAUUUGACUUUACCUGGCUCUCAUAGAGGUGAUCCAAGUGUCCGUACUACUAGACCGCUGGUGAGAGUAACAUGCGUGCAGUUUUCUCCAACUUCAUCUGCAUUUGCUGCAGCGUCCACUGAAGGGUUAUUGAUUUUUUCAACCGAGAAUACUUUGGUAUUUGAUCCAUUUGAUUUGGAUUUGGACGUGACGCCUGAUAGUGUUCAUGAGGCAUUACAUGAACACAACUGGGUACUUGCGUUGGUGAUGGCAUUUCGUUUGAACGAAGAAUAUCUUAUUGACCGAGUUGUGGAGUCGGUCCCAGUGAAGGAUAUCCAAUUGGUGUGCACCGAUACUCCUGUGGUGUACGUUGGCAGACUUCUUAAAUACUUGGGUGACAAAAUGAACCGUUCCAACGGAAGCCAGCACAUUGAGUUCAAUUUGAUGUGGGUCAGAGAAACCUUAAAAAGCCAUGGACGUUACAUUAACCAGCACAAGGCAGAAUUUCAACCUAACGUUAGAUUGAUCCAAAGGUUUUUAGCCCGUGUUGCCAAGGACCUUGUGCACAUCACGAAGAAGUCUAGUUACAUGCAUGCAUACUUGGUUGCUGACCAUGGCGAACAAGAAAAGGGUGAUGCCGAUCAAGAGAACGAGGUAAUGAAUUUUGAUUCUGGAGAAGAGGAGGGUAAUGAUGAUGAUGAUGAUGAUGACAUGGCUGAAUCUGAAGAAGAGUGGUAUGGGCCUGACGGAAAAAAAAGCGUUGACCAGUUUGAAGAAGACGAAGACUCGGACAUUGAAGAGGAAUAG